AUGGAAUCGCUACUUUUUACCCUGGUAACCUUCCUAUUGGCCUUUCAUGGUGUAACGCUCGUGAAAGCCGGUCUCUAUGUCGUAGAACCGUUCAGCGGCUCCACCUGCCAUGGCGGUGAGCCCUGCACUGUAACUUGGUUGGACGAUGGACGAGCUCCAUUACUAUCUGCCAUCGGCGUUGUCACUGUUGGACUCUAUACUGGUGACCAGCAACUUGUCCAAAGAUUGAAGCCAGUUGACGUGAGCGCCGUCCGUUCGCUCACUUUCACUCCCAAUCCUGCUGCGGGACCCGACUCCGAUGCCUAUUACAUCGCGUUCACGUCUGUGGAGUUGAUGGUUAAUGAGACGGGCCCUUACACGUCGUGGUCUCCUUGGUUCCGUCUUGAUCGUAUGACGGGCUCCUUUGAGGAACCAUUACCCUCUGCCGUCGAAUCGAUACCCGUCCCCUCUUCUCUGACAACCCCUCGUCCGUCUACGACCGUUCUAUCGACUAUCACUGUUGGUGCACCUUCCCCAACUGCACCUACGACGAGUGACUCCUUCACUUCUACACCCGUUCCUCCGUCGGAUCCUGAACCAACGCCAUCGCCUUCUCCAGAAGAAGAACUUCCACCUCCAUCCCCUUCGUCGAGCUCAUCGUCAUUGCCUACGUCUUCAGGGUUCAUUACUUCCAGGAUUCCAGCUCCCACAACCGCUUCCUCUGCGUCUGAAGAAGCCUCGUCCGCCCCUUCUGCUGGAAGCGCAAGAUCCAGUUCGACACCAGCUUCAGCAUCUUCAGCAACAGAACCGGCACCUACCAGCGAUUCUAUCGAGGAGAGCUCUGCUAUCUUCACAACUGCACCCGUGCGGUUGUCGUUGUUAGCCAGCCUGGCCGUCUUGCUUGUUUUCUAA